AUGGCCGGUGUGUGUGUGUGUGUGUUUGUCUCUCUCUUCAGGCUGAGCUUGUCAUGGAGGCUCUGGAGCUGUACAGAUCAGAGAACAUCAGAUAGCCUGCCAGUCAGCCGGCAAACAGUUGCCUCCACCUAAGGCCAAUCUUAUCCUUGUGGCCUUUGGAAACGUUUCUGUAAGUUUUUAAUUCCACCUGAAAUUAUCAUGAUACAUACAUAGCCCAUGGUACUAGUUAUGUUCCUCACUAAUCUAUCAUGUAACCAUAGUAACCACAUCCUUUCCUGCCUCCCUUGCAGCCGUCUCGCUAGGUCUUGGACAUGAUAAAGAAGGUCUGUUCCAGUGAGCUGGAGGUGUCUCUGCUGGUCCUGCCGUUCCCAUACGUCCCAGACCUGCCUCUCUCUUCAACCGCUAUGUCCAGUACAGCCUGGAGGUGGAGCUAGUGUGCCGCUGCCUCUUCUUCCUGCUCAGGUAUGCUAGCCUCCGAUGCCAGGCUUCUCAAGUGGUGCAAUAACCUGGGGAAGUUCUCCUCAGGAUGAUUAUAUAAAGGGGUGGAGUCUAGAUUCAAACUAGUGAUGUGUUGCUAUUUUUUAUGGGUGGAAUUCCAAACAGAGGUGGUGUUUCUGAAAAAAUGUCUGACUUGCAACAAGCUAGCUAUCAUAAGAUACAAAAAAUAAUGUAGCAUAAGCUACUAAAACUUUGUCCGACAGGGUAGGAAAAGAGGCACGGACAAAACAAGGAAAAACAAAAUGGGAAAAACAAGGAAAUGCCUCUCCUGAAGGAAAAUGAAAUUUCUACUUACGGCCAAUAAAAUGCGAGUGUUAAUGAGCCGGCGCUUCCAUUGAAACGCACGAUCCAAUACUAUGGUUUUCCAGACUUCCACUAGUCGAGUCAAUGAGACUAGAUUUGGAAGGAUGACCUCUAGAGACAACGGACAUGCUAACAAACAACCUCACACUAAUCACAAGUGUUUGUCAGUCAGUUGUUUGUGUAUUUCUCACACAUAAUUUCUGUCUGAUGAAAACUUUGUAUUUUUUUAUAUAUAUAUAUAAAAAAUGUACUCUGAACAUUUCAUGGAUCUAAGACCAAGAAAAUGUAUUCACAAUAGCUUCUGAAGUUUCAGAAUUGUAUGUUCGUUAAUGGGAAAAUAUGGUCAUUUUUGCAAUUCCCUGAAAAGUUUAUGUUGUGGAGAUAAGAGGUUUAUAUCAUACACAACAGUAUGCAAAUAACCUCACACAGGUGUGUGUGUCUGGUGUCUCUGUGGUACUUGCGAGUAGAUGAGCCUCAUGUCUGUCUGGGUCUGUCCUCACUGUGCUGGUCCUUAUCUCUCCAGGGUCCACUUUGGCCAGAUCUCCAGUAACCAGAUGCUGCUGACCGUCAUAGACGAGCUAAGAACCAACACCAUCUCUAAAGUCCGAGAGUUCAGGGUGAGUCCAAUCGAAGAAUAUAGAAACAUUUACUCUAAAGGCUGAUGAUCCACAAGUCAUAUCAAACUGUUCCUCGCCUUCUGCUCCAGGAUGUUCUGGGGUUCAACAGUACUGGUCUCCAGUUCCUCCAGAGGAAGGUUGAGAGCAAAGAGGACGUCAUAUUCUUCGCCAACGCCGCCUCGAGGAGAAGCGAGAGAGAGAGCUAUACUCACCAUUGCCUGAAUCACCACAGAAAUCAAAGGAAUCACAGACUCUUUAUAUCUAUCUCUAUCGCUCUCGCUCUCUAGAGGCUGGUGGGAGGAGCUAUUGUAAUUGCUGGAAUGGAAUUAAUGGAACGGAGUCAAACAUGUCGUUUCCAUGUUUCUGUUCGAUACGUUCCAUUUAUUCCAUUCCAGCCAUGACAAUGAGCCCGUCCUCCUAUAGCUCCUCCCACCAGCCUCCUCUGAUAUCUACCCCACAUCAUGACUAGUAGGCUACUGCAGGCCUUUAGCAGAGAGAUUUACACUGUUAGUUUUAUAUUUGAACUGUUAUAGGAUCCUGAUAGGACAUAACACUGUUGUACAAUGACAUGCUUCAUUUCCCAAAUAAACUGUGUCUGAGUUACUCAUGUCAAGCCUCGCUUCCUCAGGUUUUACAGAACGCCUGUGAAUUAAUAAAUCCACUGUGCCCUAACUCAAGUCAAAAGGAAGUAGUGUAUGUAUACACAGCAGAUCCCUCUGCAACCACAGGCUCGUAUAAAACACAUAUAAAAUUCCAACUUAAAUAGAUACAAUUCAUGUUGGACUUUUCUCUCCCUGGUCAGUCUUAGCUUCCUGUCACAUGGGGGUUGGACAGGUAUGAUUUAGGCCUGUUUCUCAGGGUUUUCCUGUAUCACAGCCUAGGGGAGUGAUUCAGGGCUGGAUCAGGGCCAAACCGGACCAAAGUGGGCUUGAGGGGGACAGAGAGGGGUGUCCGAUUUGUUACAGACCACCAGUCUCUCAGACCACCAAGACUACCGCUCCCAAAGAGCUCACAAUACAGAACCAGAUUCAGUCAGCUACAGGGGAACCCCUCCUACCUCUCCAGCCUGGUCUCAAAGACUAG